AAUCAACUUGACACUAGAAAGAAAAAUCUCAAAUUUGCUAAAUCUCCAAUACACGAUUGGGGUUUAUUCGCGUUGGAAGAUAUUGAACAAGGCGAAAUGGUGAUUGAGUAUGUGGGGGAGGUAAUAAGAGAAGCCCUUUCAGAUAUUAGAGAAAAAAGAUAUGAACAAAUAGGCAUUGGUUCAAGUUAUUUAUUCAGGUUAGAUAAUGAUCUUAUUAUUGAUGCUACAAAGAGAGGAAAUUUAGCAAGAUUUAUUAACCAUUCUUGUGAUCCGAAUUGUUGUGCCAGAAUUAUUGAGGUUGACAAACAGAAGAAAGUAUGCAUUUAUGCUCUGAGAAAGAUUCUUGUAGGCGAAGAGAUUACUUAUGAUUAUAAGUUUCCAAUUGAAGAAUCUAAAAUUCCAUGCAAGUGUGGCUCUCAGAAAUGCAAAAAAUGGCUUAAUUAA